AAACCAGAUUAAGUUCAAGCUCUAUUAAGUACCGAAAUGUGGUAACCUUUUCAGUUUUCAUCCACCCGCUACGGCAAAUAACCAAUGCUCUUGCGGAAGUUCAUUGCCGCCGUCACCGUUGUAAACAGUAUUAAAAUCACAGAAUUUGGAAGAUAGGCAAAGAAAAAACCCAACUGACAAUGGUUAAUUACGGGCACCGGCACAGCUUCUUCCGAAACCGUGUUCCAGACUAGAUAACGACCUCAAUUGAUAAAGCGCCAGCGAAAUAUAUCGACUAACGGAUUCCAAGUGCUGGUUAGUUUCCACUCGUCCGCAGAGCCAUGCAAAAGCCUCGAGCCCCCACCUUGUUCGUACUUCUGGCUGGGAUCAGUCUGAUCCUGGCGGCAUCGCGCGCAGAUGCCGCAGCCCAACGACCACCGGACAGUCGGAUCGUCAACGGUCGCGAAGCUGUUGAGGGUGAAUUCCCAUACCAACUCUCACUGCGCCGCCAAACGGUGCACAUAUGCGGCGCCUCGGUCCUGUCCAGCAACUGGGCCAUCACGGCCGCCCACUGCAUCGACGGCCACGAGCAGCAGCCCCGGGAGUUCACCUUGCGCCAGGGCAGCGUCCUGCGUUCCACGGGCGGAACCGUCCAGCCGGUGAAGGCCAUCCACAAGCAUCCGGCCUACGAUCGGGCGGAUAUGAACUUCGACGUGGCCCUUUUGAGAACGGCAGACGGAGCACUCAGUUCGCCGCUGGGUAAAGUAGCGCCCAUUCGGUUGCCCGCCGUGGGUGAGAAGCUUUCUGACAGCGUGCCAGCCAUUGUCUCCGGCUGGGGACACAUGAGCACCACAAAUCCCGUCCUCUCACCGGUUCUUAAGAGCACCACUGUGCUAACGGUCAAUCAGGAGAAGUGUCACAACGACCUGCGCUACCAUGGAGGCGUCACCGAAGCAAUGUUCUGUGCGGCCGCCAGAAACACGGAUGCUUGUCAAGGUGACAGCGGAGGUCCGAUUAGUUCCCAAGGCACCCUCAUCGGAAUUGUAUCCUGGGGAGUGGGCUGCGCGGAUCCGUACUAUCCGGGAGUCUAUACCCGCCUAGCACAUCCCACUAUUCGCCGCUGGAUACGCCUGCUCACAAAGCUGUAGAAUUUUAAGACUUAUUAUUUUGAACCAAUACAUAAAAAUACUACUGCAUAAACUAGUUUAACUUUCCAUUCUAGCUCUUAAUUAGUGAUAGGCCGCUUUUAGAAAGCACCAUUCCCAGA